AAUCAUCCUUCCAUAUCCAAGUUCACAUAGUUAAUUAGUUAAUUAAUCUCUUCACACUUGUUAAUUAAGAUGCCACCCCUACAAACCUCAUCAAUAAGAAAGGAAAGUACUGCUCAGUCCAUGAUUAGUCGAGAUCACAGUGAAGUUAAUGUUAAUCCUUCUGCUAAUUAUGAUCCAAAUAAGAUGGUGUGCAUACUUAGCAUAGACGGUGGUGGCGUAAGAGGUAUCAUCCCCGCAAUUAUUCUUGCAUUUCUUGAGGAAGAGCUCCAGUAUCUUGAGAAGAACAAUGGGCCAGUAGCCAAUAGCAUGCCUAGGGAGUCGAUGGUAGAGGAAUACUUUGAGUUGAAGGUAGGAUCAAACACAAAGAGCGAAUCAAGAAGCUCUACUCAAUCUAUUGAGGAUGCGAGUCGUCGCCAAAAGGCAAGAAUUGCAGACUAUUUUGACGUAGUGGCAGGAACAAGCACAGGGUCUAUCGUGGCGUCCAUGCUCACAAUUCCCGACGACAGCAACCCUCCUCGUCCCAGAUACACUGCAUUCGAUAUCAUAGAUUGCUAUUUGAAAGAUAGCCAACGCAUCUUCAGCGAGGACUCUAAAAUUGCCGAACAAAGAAUUAAAAGUAGCAAGACAGAAGUCUCGUCAUUCUGGAAUGGAUUGAAAGAAUUUGGUAGAAGAGUGGUAUCAUACGCAAGGGAUAAGUUGACUAAACCCUUUUAUGAUCCUGAAGAGCUUAAGAAAGUCGUGAAUGAAAGAGCUGGAAAUAUUUCCCUAGCCCAGACUGUGAAGCCUCUCCUUAUCCCCUCUUAUAGCAUGGACAAGCUUCAGCCUCACAUCUUCUCCACUGAGUUGGUAGUAAUGGAACGACAAGAGAAGCUACCCCUUGCGGAUGUAGUUUUAAGCUCCACCGCAGCCCCUAUUUAUUUUCCUGCUCAUUCUUUCAAUAUUGAUGACAAGACCUAUGAAUUCUCAGAUGGUGGGGUGGCGGCCGCCAACAAUCCCGCCUUGAUUGCAAUUGGGGAAGUAGCAAAAAAUGGAGGGCAGGUGGCGAACUUCAGCAACUGUCUUCUUUUAUCUUUAGGAACAGGACAACCACGGCAAGAAGUACAAGCCAAAAGAGUGAAACCUGCCUACGAUGGUGGCUUUCUAAAUUGGUUAAUGCCAGGUGCAGGGAGAGGUCUCACACCGCCCAUCAUUGACAUACUCUUUGAUUCCAUGAGCUUCAUGGUGGAUAUCUACUUGGCACGUAUCUUUCGUGGCUUCAACAACUAUUUGCGCAUCCAGGAAUAUGAAUUGGAUGAAGAGCUAAUUGACAUGGAUGUGGCUUCACUUGAUAACCUCCACAAACUAGGCAAAACAGCAAUAGACCUAAUGAAGAAGCCUAUGUCAGCAAUAGAUCCUGACACUAUUGGAAUUGACAAGAGUGAUGAUCAUCCUACUUACAGACAAUCAAUGCAAGAAUUUGCUGAAAAGUUGUGGAGGGAAAGAAAACGAAGGAAUAUGAAAGGAUCUGUUCGUAGCUUGACGCUGAAGCGUACAUAAAAAAAAGUAAGAAGAAAGACACUACAAGUGAGAGGGCCCAAUUUGCCUUCUUCUUCUUCUUCUCUAUGAAUGAAUAAUUAUGCCAUGCAUGCAAAUACAACAUAUAUAAAUAAAUAAUCUGUCUGCACACAGAUGAUUCCAUUUCUCUGUAAUAAUACUAUGUCCAAACUUUAUGUAUGUAUCAUCAAUAAAGGAAGGCCGAGUCCUUCAUCACAUUUACUUAUUUAUUUUUAAUCAAACUAAA